AUGUGUAUUGAGUCUUCUCAGACCAUGGUCUCCAUUCUCGAGUGUUUGAUGAAUCAGGGCCUGCUCGCUGUAGAUCCGCAGUUUAUCAAUGGGGGUCGGAUAUGGCUGCAGAGGGCGUUUGUCGUUUUUGAUGAUAUGAUUAGUUGCGGAAACCAGGUGGCCAAGUUCCGCAAAGACGAGCUUCUGCAAUUGCAUGAGCUACUGGAACUUUUUGGGACUGUGGCCCCCCUUCACCGGCCGGAAACAACGGGGGCAGAUGCCACAGUGCCAGCAACACAGAGCCACGACGACGACCCGAGUGAGCCUGAUGUGCCUCGGGCAGACUUGGCACCAGGAGGCCCGGCUGGCGACGUGUAUGAGCAACUCCAGGCUGAUGAUGGGCCAUCGAGAUCCCAGCUUGUGGAUCCCAUGCUAGGAGGUAGCUUUGGAGCUGGCUUCAGCAAGGAGCAGAUAAUGGGCGUGGCAGAUUCUAUUGAUGACGAAGACAUGGUUUGGAUGUGUGAAACGAUCAUGGAGCAUAGCAGUAUUGGACCGCAUUGA